AUGGCGGCGCCCAGCUGGAGGAGCGGCAGCCGCGCGUGGGCCGCGCUGGUGCCCGCGGCCCUGCUGUGCCUGGCGGCCCGGGCGGCCGCGGGACCGGGCACGGCCCCGGGAGCGGCCUCGAGCACGGCCGAGUUCGACGUGCGGCCCGGCGGGGAGGUUCACUCCUUCUCCCGGAGCCUGGGGGAUUACAGCUGCUCCUUCACCUACUCGGCCCAGGGCGGCACCAAUGAGCAGUGGCAGAUGACGGUCGGGGUGAGCGAGGACGGCGCGCUCUUCUCCUGCUCCAUCUGGAGGCCCCAAGGGAAGUCUUAUCUGUUCUUUACCCAGUUUAAAGCUGAAGUGAAAGGAGCCAAGAUAGAGCAUGCCAUGGCUUAUUCUCAGGCUGCUGCGGGCGCCCUCAACGACAUCCCCCUAAAACAGGAGGAGUUUGGGGUCACUGAAACCACAGUGUCCCACAGGGAAGGCAAGUUCCGUUUCGAGCUGUCCAAGCUGAUGAUUGUGGCAAAAUCCCCCCGUGACGAGCUGUGAGCCCAGGCCAGCCCUGGGCAGGGGCCACGGCCACACCAGCACGGCAGGGAAGGCAUUUCCUGCAUUUCCUGCAGGGUUUUCUUUUGGUUGGCCAAACCUUUUAUGUUUUCCACGCUGCAACGUGCUGGGGACCGACACGAGUGGGGGCUUGCAGGGCUGGGGACAGAUUUGUUCUGCCUUGUGUCAGAGUAACAGCCCAGGAGGCUCCUGAUCCUGCUGUGCCCCUUCCUGCCUGGCUCUGCAAAGGGGCUCCUUAUCUGCCUGC